AUGCAUAAUUCCUUAACAAAAACUCCUUAAUCAUUUUAGACAUCAUAUACUAGACCUUAAACUGCACUGACUCAUACAAAAUAAAUAUUGUACUAUAUGAUCUUAGAGUUUAGAAUGUCUUAAGCUUCUGAAGAUGGUCUUGAUACAUCUAUAAAAAAUAAUAAAUAUACAAAUCCAACCAGUCUUACACCUCGAAGUUUAAAAAAAUUAUAAGAAAGAAAAAGAGUUGAAGGGAUAAGUAAAUCAGAAGCAGGGACUUGUAAUUUGAGAGUUAAGAAUGAUUAGGCAGAAAUAGAUGGUCCUGAAGAUUAUUUUGAUAAAGAGCUCAAAAUAAAUGUUGAUGAAUAUGAUAAAUUCAGAAAGAAUUUUCAUCGAAUUGUUUUUGAUGCUUUUGGCAAUUAUAUAUAUACAAAACCAGAGGCUUUAGAUGAUGAAUUAAAACAAUAAGUUAAUGUAACUAAUCUUUCCUUUUACAUAAGAGUGCAUUAAACACCAAAACAAAAGUAACAUCAGAAAAUUUGUAAAGAAAACUGAUGCUUAAGACUUAAAGUUUUUAACCUAGAAAAAUUAUAGAUGGACUUGUUAAAAAUGCUUCUGAAAUUGCUACUAUGAAUCCAAGAAGAAAAAAUAUUAUGGAUAUUAAAUAAAGAGCAGAAUAAACAUUACAUCAAAUGAUUUAAAAUGUUGCUAAAGAUAAGAUACUUGCUGAAUCUAAAGCAUUAUUACAUGGCAUCAGUUAAUAAAUGCUUAAUUAAGUAGAUAAGUUUAUUAGAGAAAAGUAUUUUGUUUUAUUAAAAUUAGUUCCGAACUUAAAGAUCAAUUAGAAAUGGCAAAAAAUAAAAUAUUUGAAUUACAAUCAUCUAAUGAAAGUCUUAACUUUAAAAAUUAAUAAUUAUAAAAAGAAUUAAAAUAAUCUAAAAUUCAACUUGAUGAUAUUAAAAGGGUUAGUGUAGAUUUAGAAAAGUUUUUACCAGAAUAUAGAAUCAUGACUAAAAAAUUUGUAGAUUUAUCAGCUGAUAAAAUUAUUGAUAGAUAUGAAUAUUUUGAAAAUACUGUCUUAACUCUUACUAAAAAAACAGCAGAUCUUGAAGAAGAUAAAAGAUUUUUAGAAAAAUCUUUACAAUAAUAAAAAAGAGAAUUUGAAACAAAAUUAUAAGAUUUGUCCAUGUAUAAAGUAUAAUAAUAAUCUAAUCAAUUACAAAAUUAAGAUUAACCAAAUAAAGAACUUGAAUAAUAUAAAGAAAUGUACAUGAUAUUAUUUAAAAAAAUCAUGAAUGUUUAUUGUAAUUGGACUACAAAAGCAAAAGCUCUUCUGCCUGAUAAAAUAGAUGAUGGACCAAGAGCUAAUUUAGUAGAUCCUAUUGAAAUGUUAUCUAAUUUAGAAAAAAUGAUUUAAAUUUCAUCUAAUGAAAAACUUUAAGCAUAUCUUAGAAAAGUCAUUGUUAGCGCCAAUUUAUUAUAAAGAAAGUAUUUUCCUGAAGAAGUUAACCUUAAAUUUGAUCCUGAUAAAAUUUAUGAUAGAUUAGUUAAAUAUAUUGAUAAUCAAUCAAGUGUAAUUUUAGGAUAUUAAAAUAGAGAAAAAGAUUUAAAAAAACAAUAAAGAAAUGUAAAUAAAUAUAAUUAAUAAUCUAAGUUUAAACAAGAGGAUGAACAUUAAGCUUUAAAAGAUAUCAUUUCUUCUGAAAAAGUAACAGAAAUGAUAAAAAAAGAUUAAAAUAGUAUAAGUUUAAUAAGAAAGAGAUUAUUUUCAAAUGACUCUGGUGCAUAAGUAGAUCCAGAAAAGGUUGUUGAAAAAUUAUUAAAAUUAAUUGAAACUUAGUCCAUAUAAAUAAAAAACUUUGUUUCCAAGGAAAAAUUUAACUAAAGAUCACUUAAAUAAUUAGUAUAAUAUACAAUUAAAGUAAUUUUUAGUUAAAAACAGAAGAUGAUAAUUAAGAUAUUAAUGAAUUCAUAAUAAAUUUUGAGUUGGAAAAAUGA